AUGCGCGAGCGAGUGCUGCCCAGACUUUGUGGCGCGCUGCUGUUCCCAUCCCUUUAUGGUGUCGCGGUACCCAUCAUCAUCAACACUCUUAAGAAGGAUCGCCUGUCCGAUCCCAUGCACUUUCAGGCCAAGCUCUGGCCAGCCCUGAAGCCCCUCUUCAGCGCCAAAGAAAUCCCGAUAGAGGUGGUCACACUCUUCCUAAAGGAGCUGGAUCUUAUGGUCUCCCUCGCCCCAGCAGCUGAGACGCAGGCGGUCUUGUUACCGUUCUUGCUGCGGUGCAUGGAGCUCCAAGAACCGACCAUCCUGAAUGAGGUCUUGGAGAAGGUUCCCUACUUGCACAAGAAGUUCGAGUACCGCCAGGUAAAGGACCAGAUCCUGCCCAGGAUGCUGCAGCUCUUGGGCACCGCUGCGCCAAAAGUGAAGGUCCAGGUACUGAUGGGCUUGAGCCGCAUCUUCGAGAUCUUCGACAAGAACACGAUCCAGGACAUCGUCCUGCCAGCUUUUGAAAAGCUGACGAAAUCGGAUCGUACCCCGGCCAUCUGCAUGUGCUUACUUGGGUGCUACGAUGCCAUGAGCAAGAACCUUGGACCCAAGGUCACUGCCGAACGGAUUCUGCCGUUGAUCAUGCCACUCCUAGCAGAGGAAGGUCUUUCUUUCGACCAGUGGGAAACCCAGCUGACCGUCGCCAAAAAGUUGAUGCAACGAGUCGAGUCUGCACGGAGAAAGGAGUACGAAGCGAGGAAGGAUGCCCAGGCCGAAUCUGAGCACGCCUUGGGUGCCCAGGCGCCGGUCGCUGCACCGGUGCAAACGCAGGCAGAGCCACAGGACUUCGAGUCGUUGCUGAUGGGGCCGUCGAAGGCACCUCCCGCUCCCGCAAAGGCGGCCGCGCCAGUGGCGCCGGUUGCACCUCCACCACCAGCAGGCAACGACCUGCUCGCUGGAGGAUUGAUCGACAAGCCGACCCCAUCCGCUCCAUCCAGUGGCCUUGGGAAUGGCUUUGACCCAUUUGCUUCGGCGGCUGGUACCGGUAGUGCACCUGCGACAACACCAAGCUUCGAUCCGUUUGCGAGUGCUGGGCUCGGUUCUGGCGGAGGAGCGGGUGGCUGUAGCGGACUCGGUGUGAGCCCGGCUGCCACAGGCAUGGGCGCUCCGGGCAUGGGAGCGAUCAACAUGGGAGGGAUGGGGACUGGAGCGUGUGGUGGGUACCCUGGAGGUGCAGUUCCAGGAAUGGGCACCAACAUGCCAAACAUGGGCUCAACGCCCGGCGUUGGUGGCGCCCCAACUGGUCCAGGAAACUUAGGUGGCAUGCGGAACUUGAACUAUGAUCCAUUUGCAGAGUGUGAUACAGGAAAGUGA